CAAGGUUUACAUACCUCGCCAUCGUCCGAAAAAUAACCCUUAAACGCCGAAUCCAGAGAGUGAAACUUCCAUCACUACCGCUAUCUCUGCCGAUAAAGGUCCUCUCUUUUGAUUGGUUACGUCGACCUAAGAGAUUGCGUCAUCUCUAUGCGACGACUACUCUCGCAAGUAGGCGUGUAGGAGGAGGAAAGAUGGCGCCAUCCCCAACAAAGAGGAAGGAGGAUGACAAGAGUAAGCAGCGAGGUAAGGAGAAGUCAGGAGCCACGAAAGAGGGAGCUGACAAAGACCGGGGCCGAGAGAAGAACCGCACACGGCGCAGCGCUUCCAGUGGGAGCAGCAGCUCCAGCUCCAGCAGCAGCUCAGGCUCCAGCUCAGGCUCCUCUAGUGGCUCCAGCUCCUCUGCCUCCAGCCACUCAGGCUCAUCCAGCUCCCGCUCCUCUUCCUCCUCCUCCUCGUCCUCACCGAGCCCCAGCCGCCAGCGCCACAACAACAGACGACGAUCACGCUCCAAGUCAAAGUCGGCAAAGAAGGAUGAAAGGGACCGGCGACGUCGAAGCCCCACACCCAAACCCACGAAGGUCUACCUGGGCCGGCUGACCAGAAAUGUUAUCAAGGAACACAUCCAGGAGAUCUUCUCUACUUACGGCAAGAUUAAGAUGAUUGACAUGCCCAUGCACCGCGUCCACCCUCACCUGUCCAAAGGCUACGCCUACGUAGAGUUUGAGACACCCGAGGAGGCGGAGAAGGCCCUGAAGCACAUGGACGGAGGUCAGAUUGACGGUCAGGAGAUCACAGUCACGGCUGUGCUGACUCCUACAGUGCGUCCUCCCCCUCGCAGGCUGUCGCCUCCACGCAGGAUGCUUCCACCACCAAUGUGGCGACGCACUCCACCUCGAAUGAGGAGAAGGUCUCGGUCUCCACGGCGACGCUCCCCAGUGCGUCGCAGGUCACGAUCACCUGGCCGUCGUCGUCACCGGUCACGCUCUAGUUCCAACUCUUCCCGCUAGUGAAACGGAAACCCCUCCUCCGCUGUCCUGGACAUUACGGUCAAUCAUACGCCACUGAGUGAUGAGAACAUGGACGCCAAUAUCAUGACUGUAUUCCAGAGUAAAUUUUAUUUUAGCCUGUGUUUGAAAAUGAGCCUAAAAAUAGGUGGUCUGAAACGCACACAGUGUGUUAUCAUCAGAUACUAUCAUCUACUGGGAUCCCGUGAUUCAUUCUAGUGUCUGUGUUCUUACCACUGAACCAGUAAGUUGACUAAUGACUUUAAAACUGUCUUAGAAUAAUCCCACAGUACAAUAUGGCAAUCAGUGUCCUCUGAAGUCCAUCUGGCAGAGCCCAGGUAUUCACUUUUAGUGCUGUCCAGUGUAAUGCAUUACUAUGACUGAGUUACUGAUUUUAAAAGGUGCUACUGGUCAUAAUUUAGGUUUAAAUCAGUACUCUAGUUUAAACCUGUCUCUUCUGUAACCCUCCUCUUCUUUUGCGACCAAUGGUCCAGCAUGACUUCUUACAGGAAAUCACAAUUACAAAGGCAGCUACACAAGUGAGUCAUGUAAAGUUAAAAUCCCCCUUUUUAGACAUGUUACUUGUAUUAAUAACAAUAUUUAUAAUAUUAUAUUGUAUUUAACAUACCCCAUAACAGUUAUAAAAAGAUGAAAAGGUGCUGAAAGCAGAUCUACUCUUUGUCCCUCAUUGAAAAAUUGGCUUACUUUCUCCAGAGCUGCUCUUGCAAGACAGACUGGUGAAAGAGCAGUAUACAUCAAGAUGGCUAGCGUUGCUCUUAAAGGCAGACGUGUGGACUCAAGUCACAUAACUUGGACUCGAGUCACAAAUUGGAUGAGGCCAGACUCCACUUGACAAAAUCAAAAAAGACUUGCAACUCGACUUGGACUUUAAUCAGAAUCAGAAUCAUCUUUAUUGGCCAAGUACGUGUGCACAUACAAGGAAUUUGACUUUGGUAAACUUUGUUCUCAGUGUACCAGUAUUGACAUUAAGUACUCAAAAUGAAACAAAGUGGAAGUAGAACUACACUAAACUAAAUUCAUAAUUAAGUAAAGUAAUAUUUACAAGCCCUAAAUAUACGUCAAAUAUACAAGUCUGUGAGGUAAAUAGUGCACUUGUAUGUUGUCAAACAUUGGGAGUAGAGCAAAGAUUGGGAGUUCAUCAGAGUGACAGCCUGGGGGAAGAAACUGUCUUUGUGAUGGGUAGUAUGGGCGAACAGUGCUCUGUAGCGCCUACCAGAGGGGAAGAGUUUAAACAGUUUAUGUCCGGGGUGUGAGGGGUCUGCAGAGAUGUUCCCUGCCUGUUUUCCUGACCCUUAACCUGACCCUUAACACCAAUGGCUUGUGACUUUACUUGGACUUGAGCAUUUUGACUUGAAAAUACUUGAUACCUUCCCCCAAGUAGGGCUGCACCUGACGUAGAAUUAUGCCAGUCAAAUCAGAUUUGGCUGUUCAAUAUGUAUAUUCAACUUUUCGCCCCUGGAGUCUGAGAGAACAGGGUACAGCUGGAUGUUCAGUGUGACAGUGACAUUCAUGUAAUAUAGUAAACAAGCUAACCACGCUAACAAUGACUGUAACGGUAUUUUUCUGCCAACACUAGAUAUCAAACAAAAGCCAGAGACUGUUUCAUAUUAAGUUGCUGUGGGCUGUAAAUUCACCAUUCAAAAUUCAAGAUAACGUUAUUUCGGAGCCUUACUGGGCGAAGCCUCUCCUCCGGGCAGCUGCUUCUGUGUAUGUAGCAGCCUGAAAGUGAAGAGAGCUCGCUCUGCAGCCAAAUCGGGGACCAAAACGACCCCUGAUUUUGAAGAAGUUCAAAGCACACUAAGUGGCAAACAAAAAGCCUGCUUGACUUGAAGUAGUCUCAGUUGACUGAGGUGUCUCCGACUGAUGAUUCAAAUCUCCGACUUCGAGGGAGCAGCAGUACCCCCAGGCCAAUAUAAGGGGGGAGUUACAGACAUUUUUCCAGUAUAAGAUGAGUUAGAUACAAGACAGGACAGAAACACAGAGAAUUAAUUCUGUUGUGGUAGUGAUUAAUAGUGUUAAAUAAAAGUAUCAGCACUACUUUUAUUCUGAUUAAGUUCAGUUGCCAUUGUUUGAACAAACUUGUUUUAAAGGAGCUAUAUGUAAGAAAUCUAAAGCAAAUAGCCGUAAUCAUCCUAAUAUGUCACAGAGACUAAGGAAUAAUGUUCAUAUAACAUACUGAUCUCACGGACAACAAUAGUACAGCCAGAAUAUUUGAAUCUAAAAAAAAAUUGUACGGUCUGCAAAUCAUGUUUAUGUUUUGAAUUUGUGUUUUGGCCUGUUGCACCACCCACCGCCGUCUACCAGUCACGCAGUCAGUAGAGUCUCAGCAUCAGUUACAGUUACGACUGAGCUAAGCAGCACGGCAAGCAGCAUUAGCAGUGUCCCAGCAUGAGCAGCCGGCUUCUCCUCAGCUGUAUUAGCAGCAGCGUUAGCAGCAGAGAAGCUGGACUUGCUCGAACAGUCCGCUGGAAAACCGAAGAUCAAGGACGCGGCGACGCAGCCCUGCCACAGCAGCCGCCUGUGGGCAAACAAAUCAGUCUCCAGCGUGCCGCUGUCCAGCAACCUCGAAUCUGUAGGGGAGGGGGGGCGGACACAACUCGCGGCAGUAUUUUGAAUUUGAGUGCAGUAACCGUUUUGGCCGCAUUCUUACAUACAGUGCCUUUAACUAGUAAAUAAAAUUUUUGAAAAGUAUUUAUGAUUUUUGUAAAUCAUAUCAUUACUCCUAUAAAAUGGCAUUACAUUUGGUGAAAAGCGUGUUAUGACUUGUUUGGGACUCGAAACUCUUAGGACUUGUCCGUCUUGACCUUGGACUUGACCCAGGAUUGACCCAGACUUGAGACUGACUUGUGACUUGUAAAACAGUGAUUUGACCCCACCUCUGGUUAGAGGAAACAUUGGAGAGAUUCAGUCAUACAUGUUUGAGCCUCAGUCUGACAAAAUCAGCAACUAGUAUUAGAAUGUGAAGUGUAGUUAGCAUCUUUAACUUUUUUAUGUUGUUCGUUAGCUUGUAGGCUAACUGGCAGUGGCUGACAGUGUUAGUGUUUGUGAAUGACAGUAAUAAUGCUAUGAUGGGGGUGUUGGUGGGUAGUGGAAGGAAGCUCCAGGCUCCAGUUUACAUCCAAAAACUGCACUGUUGCUAUGCUAACGUUUGCUAUGCUAAUGCUAACUCUGCUCUCUGUACUGAAAAGUGCUGUCUGCUGGAGGUUUCAGGUUUCUUUGCCAGUGUCGAAGUCUGUUCCCUGUCGAUAUGUGUUUCUGAAUUAGACCGUGACUGGCUUUCAUAUUAGUAACAUACCUAAUCUAGCUCACUCGGGAAACAUUUUAUCUCAGAUUUUAGGGAAAUCCACAUACAUUUACCCUCUUAGCAGUAGAAACACUUCAAUAGUGACAAACUUUGCACAGAUACAAGUCAGUAUAAUCAAGGUCAGCCAUUUAGGAAACGCAAGUAUAGGAAAAAAACAUCUUUGAAAGGAGGGGGAUUUUACUACCAGUAAGCAGUACGUGUCUGCUUCUACAGAAAUCUGAAAACAACAUAGUCAUUUCUACAUUGACUGUAUAAAGAGGUCACAGGGUUAUUGUGUGACUUACUGGUCCAUCAGGAAUGUCUUUUCUUUUUUACCCACCUGAUUUGUAUGUGUCACACUGUGAUCUCCCGAUCCAGACAUUUGUGGUUUUAGUGAGACUUGUGUGUGUGUGUGCUAUUUUAUAUAGCUGAGUGUGUUUAAACUCAUGGCGUGUUAAUAAAGUUCAUAAUUUGGACUGUGGAAAA